GGAAAACAUUUGUUUUUUUCCUGAUUUCGAGAUUUCGAUUUGAAGCAGCACAAAAAUGACGGUUCCUUCGCCCAAUCCCGCCCUCGGUUUGCACAGCAAGCGCUGGAAUGGUCUGCGCCACAUACUGGAGCGCGAGGGACCAUUCUGCAAGGAUGACUUCACAGCCUCUGCCGACAACUUGGAUUUCUUGCAAACGAAAUCCAAAGUACUAAUCAUCGGCGCCGGCGGUCUAGGCUGUGAGCUGCUGAAGGACUUGGCACUAAUGGGCUUCGGAAACUUGCACGUGAUUGACAUGGACACCAUAGAACUGUCUAACCUGAACAGACAGUUCCUGUUCCGACGCACGGACAUUGGAGCCUCAAAGGCGGAAUGCGCUGCGCGUUUCAUCAACGGAAGAGUUCCCACCUGCCGGGUCACGCCGCAUUUCAAGAAAAUCCAGGACUUUGACGAGUCCUUCUACCAGCAGUUUCACCUGAUAGUUUGCGGACUGGACUCGAUUGUGGCACGGAGAUGGAUCAACGGCAUGCUGCUAUCGAUGCUGCGCUACGAGGAUGACGGCACCAUAGAUGCCAGCUCAAUUGUGCCCAUGAUUGAUGGCGGCACCGAGGGUUUCAAGGGCAAUGCUCGUGUCAUUCUGCCAGGCUUCACGGCCUGCAUCGAGUGCACUCUCGACCUCUUCCCACCGCAGGUGAACUAUCCGCUGUGUACCAUUGCAAAUACUCCCAGAUUGCCGGAGCAUUGCGUGGAGUACGUGAAGCUGAUACAGUGGGAUAAGGAGAGCCCCUUCGGUGUGCCCUUGGAUGGAGAUGAUCCACAACACAUUGGCUGGAUCUAUGAGAGAGCAGUGGAGAGGGCAAACGAGUUCAACAUAAGCGGCAUCACCUAUCGCCUCGUCCAGGGCGUCAUCAAGCACAUAAUUCCUGCCGUGGCCAGCACCAAUGCGGUCAUUGCUGCUGCCUGUGCUCUGGAGGUCUUCAAAAUGGCCACCAGCUGCUACGACAGCAUGUCCAACUACCUGAAUUUCAACGAUCUGGAUGGCAUUUACACCUACACCUAUGAGGCGGAGAAGUCAGAGGGCUGCCUGGCAUGCAGCAACAAGCCACAGCUGCUGCCCAUCGAGGAUGCCAACACCACCACCCUGGAGGAUGUCAUCAAGUUACUCUGCGACUCGCCUCGUUUCCAGCUCAAGAGCCCCGCUCUGACCACAGUGAUGAAGGACGGCAAGCAGCGCACUCUGUACAUGUCCACAGUGAAGAGUAUUGAGGAAGCCACCAGGAAGAAUCUAACACAAUCCCUGGGCGAACUGGGACUCCAAGAUGGACAGCAGCUGACCGUGACCGAUCCCACCUCUCCCACAGCCAUGACCCUGCAGCUCAAAUAUCAAGCAAACGAGGUGGAGAUGAGCUGAAUCAUAUUCAAUCACAAGAGACAACAAAUAGGGUAUACGGCCAUGUGUAUACAAUAAAGCCAAAGGCUAAGCCUCAAUUAAUCUAA